AUGAAGGUCCUCAUCGCAACGAUGCCCUUUGCAGGCCACAUCCACCCAAUGCAACCCAUCGCACUCGCUCUCACCCGUAGAGGCCACACCGUAGCCUGGCUCACGUCCGCCUCCCACGCCCACAUGAUACCACAAACCGGCGCACUCUUCAUCCCCUCCCCGCCCCCGCUCGCCGCGCACGACGAGACAGCCCUCGCGCCGGACCCGGAGACCUCGGGCCUAGCCGCCGUCGUCUCCACCCUCCGUAAGCUCUUCCUCGACAGGGUACCAGAUCAAGUCGCAGCCUACCGCGCCAUCCUCGACGGCUCCGACGGAACGCCGGCGUUCAAGGCGGACAUCCUGCUCGUAGACCUCUGCGCUUACGGCGCCCACUGCCUCCGGGACCUCACGGGCUUACCGUACGCGACACUGGGGAUUAACCCGCUCGUAAGCCUCGACCCGGAGGUCCCGCCGUGGGGUACGGGCUGGCUCCCGCCGGCAACCUUCUUCGGCCGGUGGCUCAAUUCCCUCGCCCACGCGGCCGCGAGCUGGCUUCUCUACCCGAAACUUACGACCGCGCUCAACGCCCAUCGGGACAAGCUGGGGCUUCCCCCCUUACCGGCGUCGGGGUUCUAUGAUUCUACGAGGUCAGAUGUGUUGCACAUCAUGCCCACGACACCAGCCUUUGAAUUCCCACGCAAGAACCUGCAUCCGGCCGUGAAAUUCGUCGGACCGCUGCUCCCGCUCUUCAACGAAGAUGAGCUCCCGCCUCUACCGAAAUGGUGGGAUGAGAUGCUCGCAUACCCGCGAGAAAAGGUAAUCCACGUAACACAAGGCACAUACGCAACAAACGCCGCAAACCUCAUCACCCCGACCCUCGCCGCCCUCGCCCACCGAACAGACCUCCUCGUCAUCGCCACCACCCCAAACGCAGAAACUCAUCUCCCAGCAUCCUCUAUCCCGUCUAACGCCCGCGUAGCCACCUUCAUCCCACACGCCCGCUUCCUCCCGCACGUGGGCGUAAUGGUCACCAACGCAGGCUACAACGGCGUGCUCGCGGCGCUGCGCUUCGGCGUACCUUUGGUUUGCGCGGGUCGGAGCGAGGAUAAGGCCGAUGUGAGUUCGCGGGUGGCGUGGAGCGGCGCCGGGAUCGAUCUCGCGACCGACGCGCCAAGUGAAAAUAUGUUGAGGCGCGCGGUGGAGCGAGUCAUCGGUGAGGAAAAGUUCCGGAGUGCGGCCGAGAGGGUGAGCGUGGAUUUUGGCGGGCAUGGUGAUGGGCCUGGGGAGGCGGUUGAUGCGUUGGAGGAUGUUGUUGAGCGUAGUCGGAGAUGA